UUGCCUGCCGACUUGUGUGCCCCAACUCUCUGCUGGCAGCCGUCUCGAGGUGCCGAGGCCCCAGCCCCAGAGGCUUGCACCCUCCGCCUGCUCGUGCUCCAUGAGGUCACCCACCAUGUCCGGGCACUUUCUGCUGGCGCCCAUCCCCGAAUCCUCCUCCGAUUGUCUUCUACCGAAGGACAUCAAACUAGCGGUGCUGGGCGCGGGCCGCGUGGGCAAGAGUGCAAUGAUUGUGCGCUUCUUAACCAAGAGAUUCAUUGGCGAUUACGAGCCGAAUACAGGCAAGCUGUAUUCACGACUUGUCUAUGUAGAGGGAGACCAGCUAUCGCUGCAGAUCCAGGACACUCCAGGGGGCAUACAGGUCCAGGAUAACCUCACACAGGUCGUUGAUUCCCUGUCCAAAUGCAUGCAGUGGGCAGAAGGGUUUCUGCUGGUAUACUCCAUCACAGACUAUGACAGCUACCUGUCCAUCCGACCCCUUUACCAGCACAUCCGGAAAAUCCAUCCUGACUCCAAGGCCCCUGUCAUCAUUGUGGGCAACAAGGGAGACCUUCUGCAUGCCCGGCAGGUACAGACGCACGAUGGCGUGCAACUAGCCAACGAACUAGGGAGUCUGUUCCUGGAAAUUUCCACCAGUGAAAACUAUGAAGAUGUCUGUGAUGUGUUUCAGCAUCUCUGCAAAGAAGUAAGCAAGAUGCACAGCCUCAGUGGGGAGCGGAGACGAGCCUCCAUCAUUCCCCGGCCACGCUCACCCAACAUGCAAGACCUGAAGAGGCGCUUCAAGCAGGCCCUGUCUUCCAAAGCAAAAGCCCCCUCCACACUUGGGUGAACCCAUCCCAAAAGACUGUCCUUUUAUUAUGGAUCUGUUCAGCUGAAAAGACUGGGGGGGGGUCCCCUUUUUUAAUCACACGUGCAGAGUUUAUUUUUAUACAACUAUUGGUUUUCAAGUGUAUGUAUAUAUCUGAAAACUCAGUGACUGCUAGAAGACAGGUAGGGUUUUUUUUUAAUAAAAUAA